CUGUAGUGAUUUCAUCAUCACUGUCACUGCAGUCAUUUAAUAAGCAUCCAAUUCUGGAUGAUGUCAUGGCUACAUUAAAAGGAACAGGAACGAUGAGGCUUGCGUGUAUUUACCGCAGAGCCCAAUAAAGAUUUAUUUAUUUGACCCUGUACACUCGCCUAUGCCUCCCUGAACUUCAUAUGAGAAUCUAUUGUGAAGGUUCAAUUUAGACCCUCUAUGGAGACAGAACUUCUGGAUUACAGUCAGAGGAUCAAGCCUGGUCAUGCAGAAUUCCAGGAAAAUGAAAUUGUUUCCCCAAAGUCCGUAGCCAAUUUGAAGCAGAAGAGAGCAAUAAGAUCCUUCUUGAGAGUCCUUCUUGAGAAUUGCUGAUCAGGGAAACCAGGUAAGAUUCUGGUAACAAGCCGUGCCCCUGAGGUAAAUCCGGAUGGCCAUUUCAAAGGUGUCUCCCGCGAUGACGUCACUUCCGGCACCACCUGCGUGGUCCCCGGGAGCUGUACACAAGGUGUGCAAGUGUCGGAGGAGCUGUCGGGAUGCAGCAGCCAAGAGGAGCAGCAGGAGGCCGUGGCUGCGCUCUCUUUCCACUCCUGAGCAUUCUGUUUGUCCAAGGUGCGCGUACCGUCCUUUCUUUGGAGAUCAGUGCCGAUGCCCACGUCCGAGGAUAUGUUGGAGAAAAUAUCAAGUUGAAAUGCACCUUCAAGUCAUCUUCCGAUGUCACUGACAAACUGACCAUAGACUGGACGUACCGCCCCCCCAGCAGCAGUCGCACAGAAUCCAUCUUCCACUAUCAGUCUUUCCAGUACCCAACUACAGCGGGCACAUUCCGAGACCGGAUUUCCUGGGUUGGAAAUGUGUACAAAGGGGAUGCAUCCAUCAGCAUCAGCAAACCCACUCUGAAGGACAAUGGGACAUUCAGCUGUGCUGUGAAGAACCCUCCAGACGUGUACCACAAUAUCCCCCUGACAGAGCUCACGGUCACAGAAAGGGGUUUUGGCACCAUGCUAUCCUCUGUGGCCCUUCUCUCCAUCCUCGUCUUCAUCCCCUCAGCAGUGGUGGUCAUCCUGCUGCUGGUGAGGAUGGGGAGGAAAGCAGCGGGGGUGAAGAAGAGGAGCAGGUCUGGCUAUAAGAAGUCUUCCAUUGAAGUCUCCGACGACACUGACCAGGAGGACAACAAUGACUGCAUGACAAGGCUUUGUGUCCGCUGUGCCGAGUGUCUGGAUUCGGACUAUGAAGACACGUACUGAUGAAGUGUGUGUGUGAUGGAAGAAGUGUUACCUAACCACAGGAAAUACCCCAUUCCUCUGGC